UGCCAUGAAGUAUUAUGGACUAAUUUGAGUAAUAGCCAUCAGGCGACGCCCAGCAGACCACGAAGUGAGGCUUCCAGCAGCAUCUUACCUCUUGAAUCAAGUCAAUGAUUUCAGCAUUAUUAAGUGGAUAUGCUACAAACACUCCUGAACAAAAGAGGAAGCCAGUCCAUGAUGAACUUAAGUUGUGAAGGUAAUCAACAGUUCAAUAGAAGCAGUAACCAGCGGCAAUCACAUCGAGGAUUUAGUAGAAGAGGAGGAAGAGGAAAUUAUUUUGGUUGUCAAAAUGAAUUGCCACAGCAGCAGAGACAAGGCAAUCAUGGUCCUGGGCAACCCUUGGAAAGAAAUAGAUAUAAUCAUAGUCCAAGUCCGUCCUAUUGUCCACCACUGAAUGAAAGACCUCCACAUUAUCAGCCACACUCUUGGAACUCAGAAAAUUCACAUUACAGAACUCAUAAACGUGCAGACUAUCACCCACAAGCUCAUAUCUCAGGAAACUUCCACCCUGCUACUCAAAAUUGGGGUAAAAAUAAAAGCUCUUCAGAUUAUCAGAACUCAGAAGGCCAAAAUUAUCAAACAUCCCAAUAUGGCCCCCCUCCUUGGCAUGAAAGUAAGACAGGGCAACAUUGUAACCCAAGUCCUCCACCUUCAUAUGAAGAAUCAGUAGGAGAGAAUUAUAAUAGAAAAACCCCAUCUGCUCCACCUCUAAUGGAUAUUUAUGAGGACAAUGAUUCAUUCCAACAACAAAGAAAAGAAUAUGGUCCCAAGAAGAAUCAAGAUUUGCAAGAUGAUUCUCAAAAGAUGGGUCAUAUCUCAGUGUUAUCACCUGCAGAAUUGGUAAAAAUAUUGUCCCACUUUAAUGGACAAUGGAGUACAGUGGAAACCCUCAGUAAGCAAGUGCAGAGAAGCGUAGAUGAGAUUAUGAGAGUUGUCAAGUCUCAUAAGGACAUAUUUUCAUACAUGGGUGUUGAGGAUGGCAUAGCAGUUGAGCUUGUUCCCAAAAUAAGAUUGUGUUCAGAAUACUUUACUGCAAAUGGUUGCCUUGCUCUUAAAUCUUGCAGUGAUAUUCACAUGUGCAAGUUCUUUGUAAUAGGAUUUUGUGAGGCUGGUGUGAAGUGCCGGUAUGGACAUAAGUGGGAUACUGAUCACAACAGUGCCAUUCUCUCAAAACUAUAUUUAGACGUGAUUAACAAAUCAGAUUUAUAUCAUCUUAUGAGGAAGGUAUGCAAAGGAAAUGUUUCACUACAAAUAUGUGAGUAUUAUAAUAGAAAGAGGGGCUGUAUGAAGAAUGAAGGAUGCAGUCGUUUACACAUUUGUAAAGAAUAUUUAAUUAAUGGUGGAAAAUGCUUAUUUCAAAAUUGCUCAUUCAAUCAUGACGUCUUCAAUGGCCAUUGUAAAAGACUUUUAAAACGUUAUGGCAUUUCCACCAAUGAGAGCCAACGUGACAUUCUGUUGAACAUCUUGUCAUCUAUUCGCAAAGAAAAUGAUGAUCAGCUUUCGUCUGUGUCAUCUGGAAAUUUAAAAAUGAGAAGAAAAAAGAAAGCCACAAAUUCUGAUGAGAAUGGCAGUGGAAGUGAAACCUCUUGUGAUGAAGACUCUUCAGACAGUAGCAGUGAUAGUGAUUCACAAUACAGUAAUGUCACACACAAAAGAAAGGGCAAGGAAACCAGUAGGAAAGUAGAAACUAAUAUUAAAAGGGAAAAAGAGCACACAAAGAUGACUGUUCAAUCCACUGAUGUUUAUGGUGAUGUGGAAGUUCCAGCAAUAUGUAUUUAUGCAAUAAAUGACAAGUGUCUUAAUACUAACAAAGGCUGCAAGUAUCUCCAUGCAAAAAGUAAUUUUCAUUGGCAAUUUCAAAAAGCAAAUAAGUGGUACAACUUCCGAAUAUUUCAUUCUAAAGCCCUAGAAACUGCUUACCGGGAUGCCUCCAAAGAUAAAUUCCAAAUGCCUACUAUUGAUACAAACAUAUCUCAGUCCUGUGCUAAAGAGAUUUUGAACAUUUUGGGUACCAAGUCAUGGAUAGCUGAUUUCAAGGACAUGUCUAUUGAAGAUUCAUCUGGAACACAACUUAAAAUUCGGCGGGUCUCAACUAGAUCUGCAGGAGAGUCAAAGAGCCCAAAUUCUACUGUAUAUGAUUGGUUCUUUCUUGAUGAACAAGGCAAAUGGAUCUGCUAUGGUGAAGUUGAUAGUCUGGGUAAACAGGAACUUGCCUGUAGCACUACAAGUGACAGUAUUGAAAAGCAAUAUUUGUCAGAUCCCUCCUCAUCAAUGCUGAUAAGUAAUAUCAAGUUCACCUAUAAGCUAAACUUUGCACAGAUGACGCAAACUAACAUGAAAACAAACAAAGUAAGGGAAAUUCGCCGACGUCCAUCACAGAUACAUUCUCGGAAGAAGACAUUGCCCGACAAAUCACAAAAUUGUCUUCCCUCUCACUGGAUUCCAAUGUCUGCCAAUCAAACCCAUAUUCUUGUAGCACUUAAUCCUAAUAGUCCUGAAUAUCAGAAAGUUACAAGCCGAUUAAGACUUACACUUCCCACAGUCAAAGUACAGAAACUUCAAAGACUACAGAAUCCAUAUUUAUGGCUACAGUUAGAAAAUAAAAAGGCAGACUUGUCUCGAAGCUAUGAUGAGAACCAGUUAAAUAUGCAAAAAUUAUUCCAUGGAAUAAACUCCUCUUUGAUCGAUACAAUAUGUAAAGAAAAUAUUGACUGGCGGCAGGGUGGAAAUGCUCAGCAAGACUUUGGCCAAGGCACUUACUUCUCCAACAGAGGCAGUGGCAGAGGUUAUGGCAGAGGUCGUGGUCGAGGAAGAGGAAGAGGCAUGCACAACUUCCAACAAACUAUGGAUGCUAAUUUUCAAGAGCUGGAUAAGAAUACCAGACUUUUGAGAGUUAUAUCAGACACAGUGAAUGCAUUGUUGCCACAGGCAGAAGCAGUCCAGAGACUAACCAACCAGAAUGUUCAGAACAAAAGAGGAAGCCAGUCCAUGAUGAACUUAAGUUGUGAAGGUAAUCAACAGUUCAAUAGAAGCAGUAACCAGCGGCAAUCACAUCGAGGAUUUAGUAGAAGAGGAGGAAGAGGAAAUUAUUUUGGUUGUCAAAAUGAAUUGCCACAGCAGCAGAGACAAGGCAAUCAUGGUCCUGGGCAACCCUUGGAAAGAAAUAGAUAUAAUCAUAGUCCAAGUCCGUCCUAUUGUCCACCACUGAAUGAAAGACCUCCACAUUAUCAGCCACACUCUUGGAACUCAGAAAAUUCACAUUACAGAACUCAUAAACGUGCAGACUAUCACCCACAAGUCAUAUCUCAGGAAAACUUCCACCCUGCUACUCAAAAUUGGGGUUGGAUAAGAGGAGUGGUGUUCAAGGGCAAGAACUUCACUUUUAAUGAAGCUGUAUUCAGCCACCAAAUGUUCCUCCCAAGCCUGGAAGGUGAGCAGGAGCAUUGUCCAUUACCAGAAGUGCCCUUAAUGAAGGAUUAUACAUAUAGUAUAGGUAUCUUAAUUUGUGUUUUUUUUCAUGGCAGCUAUGAUGAGAACCAGUUAAAUAUGCAAAAAUUAUUCCAUGGAAUAAACUCCUCUUUGAUCGAUACAAUAUGUAAAGAAAAUAUUGACUGGCGGCAGGGUGGAAAUGCUCAGCAAGACUUUGGCCAAGGCACUUACUUCUCCAACAGUGCUGCCAUUGCCCGGAGUAGUUGUACCAGAGAUGUGAAUGGCCAUUUCAUAUUGAUAUUGGCAGAAGUCAUCAUUGGUACUGUGGCUAAAGGAUCGCCAACUCUCACCCGUCCACCAACUAAUAAUCUUACCAACACAAUGUACGACACAACUGUGGAUAAUGUGUACGCUCCAAAUAUCUUUGUCAAGUAUGAGAAGAUGGAAUACUACCCAGAGUAUAUUAUUGAAUUCUGUUGAAGAAGAGGGCAGCUAUAAGCUGUAUAGGAAGGCACAUGAAAAAGAGAUACCACAUACAUAUUAGAUACAAUGUGAAGUGUUUAAUAUUGACAUUGCAGUAACAAAGCUACUGAUUUGCAUAGGUGAAAUGUUGCCAAGGCAGCACAAGUAUUAUGUUAUAUUUAAUGAGUGAUACUGUAAUGUUAUAAAAUGUAACAAAGGACUGCCUUGAUGCUAGAGAAGGGUAGCUCUUAAUCCAAGAAAUUGAAGUUAUCCUUCACUUUCUUGGAUUAAACAUGAUUACUUCCCAUUCAUUAGGAACUGUGUAACCCCUUAUGGGUUUAGUACUUCUCCAUGAAGAAGAAAAAGCCUUUAUUAGAUCCCCUUGAUAGCCCAAAAAAGCCAAACAGUCUUAACAUAUUACCAGUCAGGGCCUGGUUCUCUUCCUUGGGAUAUGUCCCACAAAAGUUGGUGACUACCCACCUACCUAACUGUUAGGUGAAUGGGUAACUGAUGUAAGGAAACAUGUCCAACAUAUCUUAUCACCUGCUCUGGGAUUGAACCUAUCUGUCAGUUAUACUCUAUCUGAUUUUUUUUUUAAUCAUUUUUUUGCAAUCGUGUCAUUACGAUUUCAUGAGUUAUACAGGUUGUGCUACUACUGAGCCAUGUAUUAGUAACACAGAUAAAAAUUACAUGAAAUAGGGCAGACCUAUAGACUAUUAAUGACUGGACAUCUUUCUGUCCUCUCCUGCUCCUUCAUUAUCAAAAAAAAAAAAAAAAAGUUGGAUGAAUUAGGCUAAGAUGUUUCACAGUGUACACUACAUAAUUAAUUU